CUCUGUUUCAGGCUCAAACGUUACUUUCCAAAACAAUCUUUUCAGUUUUAGAUAAAAAUUUGAUAUUAACUUCUGAUUCAUGACGACACAAGAUGUGAUAGUCAAUGAUCAGAAUGAUCAGAAACAGUGUAGUAAUGACGUCAUUUUCCGAUCGAGAUUGCCUGAUAUAUACAUCCCUAACCACCUCCCACUCCACGACUACAUCUUCGAAAAUAUCUCAGAGUUCGCCGCUAAGCCAUGCUUGAUCAACGGUCCCACCGGCGAAGUAUACACCUACGCCGAUGUCCACGUAACAUCUCGGAAACUCGCCGCCGGUCUUCAUAACCUCGGCGUGAAGCAACACGACGUUGUAAUGAUCCUCCUCCCGAACUCUCCUGAAGUAGUCCUCACUUUCCUUGCCGCCUCCUUCAUCGGCGCAAUCACCACCUCCGCGAACCCGUUCUUCACUCCGGCGGAGAUUUCUAAACAAGCCAAAGCCUCCGCGGCGAAACUCAUCGUCACUCAAUCCCGUUACGUCGAUAAAAUCAAGAACCUCCAAAACGACGGCGUUUUGAUCGUCACCACCGACUCCGACGCCAUCCCCGAAAACUGCCUCCGUUUCUCCGAGUUAACUCAGUCCGAAGAACCACGAGUGGACUCAAUACCGGAGAAGAUUUCGCCAGAAGACGUCGUGGCGCUUCCUUUCUCAUCCGGCACGACGGGUCUCCCCAAAGGAGUGAUGCUAACACACAAAGGUCUAGUCACGAGCGUGGCGCAGCAAGUCGACGGCGAGAAUCCGAAUCUUUACUUCAACAGAGACGACGUGAUCCUCUGUGUCUUGCCUAUGUUCCAUAUAUACGCUCUCAACUCCAUCAUGCUCUGUAGUCUCAGAGUUGGUGCCACGAUCUUGAUAAUGCCUAAGUUCGAAAUCACUCUCUUGUUAGAGCAGAUACAAAGGUGUAAAGUCACGGUGGCUAUGGUCGUGCCACCGAUCGUUUUAGCUAUCGCGAAGUCGCCGGAGACGGAGAAGUAUGAUCUGAGCUCGGUUAGGAUGGUUAAGUCUGGAGCAGCUCCUCUUGGUAAGGAGCUUGAAGAUGCUAUUAGUGCUAAGUUUCCUAACGCCAAGCUUGGUCAGGGCUAUGGGAUGACAGAAGCAGGUCCGGUGCUAGCAAUGUCGUUAGGGUUUGCUAAAGAGCCGUUUCCAGUGAAGUCAGGAGCAUGUGGUACGGUGGUGAGGAACGCCGAGAUGAAGAUACUUGAUCCAGACACAGGAGAUUCUUUGCCUAGGAACAAACCCGGCGAAAUAUGCAUCCGUGGCAACCAAAUCAUGAAAGGCUAUCUCAAUGACCCCUUGGCCACGGCAUCGACGAUCGAUAAAGAUGGUUGGCUUCACACUGGAGACGUCGGAUUUAUCGAUGAUGACGACGAGCUUUUCAUUGUGGAUAGAUUGAAAGAACUCAUCAAGUACAAAGGAUUUCAAGUGGCUCCAGCUGAGCUAGAGUCUCUCCUCAUAGGUCAUCCAGAAAUCAAUGAUGUUGCUGUCGUCGCGUAUGUGAAUUUUAAACAACGAAGACACUAACACAAACCACUAGGUUUCGAAUGUCUUUUGUUUUACACCGUUUCUUAUUUCCUCAAUUUGUUUUUUUAAUGUGCAGCAUGAAGGAAGAAGAUGCUGGUGAGGUUCCUGUUGCGUUUGUGGUGAGAUCGAAAGAUUCAAAUAUAUCCGAAGAUGAAAUCAAGCAAUUCGUGUCAAAACAGGUUGUGUUUUAUAAGAGAAUCAACAAAGUGUUCUUCACUGACUCUAUUCCUAAAGCUCCAUCAGGGAAGAUAUUGAGGAAGGAUCUAAGAGCAAGACUAGCAAAUGGAUUAAUGAACUAGGUUUUAUAUGAUCCACGUAUAUGAAUGCAAUCUUAUCAGAAAAAUGAAACAAAAUUUCGUUUUGUGAACAAAGGAAUUAAACUUACACGUAAAAGAAUAAUAUUUGUGCUUUUUCCUUUAUGUGUAUGUAAUGGAUAAAUAGUUGUAUCUUUUGUUUGGUGGGAAUGAUGUAACCUUUCCAUAUUGUGGCAUAUUGCUCGAAUAUAAUCAAUAAUUGCCUUAAAAAGU